AUGGUCAGGCCACUGGAGGAGCUGCAGGUCACGGAGCGCCAGAUCCCAGCCUGGGGAAACUUCCCGAACACCUCGAUCCAGUCGAAGCCGCUGCUCAUCUACCAGUCUGUCUUUGAUAACUCUGCCACGUCCGAGACUGUCAGCGAGCACCUGGAGGCAGUUGGAGCAGUAGUCCCGCAGUGGACGUACUCGAUGUACCCUGCAAACCACUUUCACUCGAACACACACGAAGUACUCAGUGUUGUGACCGGGCAGGCGAAGCUCUGCUUUGGCCACGAAGAGAACCCGGACAGGUUUGAGACGACCGUGUCAAAGGGAGACGUUAUCGUGGUGCCUGCUGGAGUGGGACACUGCCUGCUUGAAGACACGAGAGGUGACUUUGCGAUGGUAGGGGCGUAUCCGCCCGGAAUACAGUGGAAUAUGUGCUAUGGGGAGGAAGAGGUUGGCAAGGAGAAGCCUAUAAUACAGUCUGUUGGCUGGUUUGAUAGGGAUCCUAUAUACGGUGACUCGGGCCCUGUACUCGCUGUUUAA